AUGUCUAACAGGCCUUCAAGUUCACAGUCAAGUGUUGGCACUGGUGGUUUAUCACAUGCGUAUAUACAACAUCCAUCCCUACGUUGCAAUGUUCCUGAAUCCAGAGGGUUGUUCUAUGAUGAUGCCAACAGAUUGCUAAUUUGUGUCACAUCUGAUCAGGUCUUUUCAUGGGAAACAGCUUCCUUUAAUCCUGAGGUAUCUCCUUCGGCUGAUUCUAUAAGUGAAGGGCCUAUCCUCUCUGUCAGAUUCUCUCUUGAUAAAAAAGUGAUAGCUGUCCAAAGAUCUGACAGUGAAAUCCAGUUUUUUCAUCGAGAGACCAAGAAGACACUUACCCACAAGUGCAGGGCAGGAUCAGAGAGCCUUCUUGGUUUCUUCUGGAGUGACUCUCCGUUAUGUGAUCUUGCUGUUGUAAAAACCAGUGGCAUGGACUUGUUUGCUUGUGACUCUGCGAUGAAUCUGCGUUUGGUGGAAACCAAGAAAGUGAAUGUGAAUUGGUACAUCUAUACACACGAAUCUCGACUGGUUCUUCUUGCAUCAGGGUUGCAGUGCAAGACAAUUACUGGGUUUCAGCUUUCCACUGCAGGAGUUGUUCGUUUACCGAAAUUUGAGAUGACCCUGGCUACAACUGAAUCGAACAGCAAACCUAUUAUCUCCGCUGGAGAUGUGCACUUAAUUACUGUCUAUGGCCGAAUAUAUUGUUUACAAGUGGACAGAGAAGCUAUGCUGCUCCAUACAUACAGGUUCUACCGAGAUGCAGUCGUUCAACAAGGUUCUUUGCCAAUAUACUCAAGCAAAUUGUCAGUGAGCGUGGUUGACAACUUAUUGCUUGUGCACCAAAUCGAUGCAAAGGUUGUUAUCAUCUAUGACUUAUUUGUGGAUUCUCGAGCUCCCGUGUCUGCUCCUCUUCCUUUACUGUGGAGGGGUUACCAAGGCUCCGACACAUCGUCUCAAGCUACUAACAAAGAAAAUGAGGGCCCAGAAGCAUCUACAAGCAAUGAAAACAUAGUCAUGUAUGAAGAUGCAUGGACCUUUCUGGUUCCUGACCUUAUUCUGGAUCAGACUAACAAGGUUCUGUGGAGGGUACAUUUGGAUCUUGAGGCAAUUUCCGCUAGCAGCUCAGACAGGACGUCUCUUCUAGAGCUCCUGCAGCGAAGGAAGCUGGAAGCAAAUAAGGCCAAACAACUGUGCUUGGGGAUAUCAAGGGCUCUUAUUCUGGAACGCAGACCAGCAACCCAGGUUACGCAGGCGAUAGAUGUACUGGUCACAGCAUAUUCCUACUCGGUUAAAGCUGGUAUAUACAAGGAAUUAAAGAACGAAAAGACCACUGCAACUACUUCAACCAAUGGUUCAUCUCCUGAUAACGAAAGACAAAGAGCAUCUGGAAGCAGUAUUAGUGAAGAAGAAGUUGAAAUGGACCUACCAUCUGGUUCUGCUGAUGGGCAGCAAGAAUCUCAGCUUUCGUCACCAGCCAUUUCACCUGAUGAGCUCUACAAGUUUGUGUUUGCUUCUGUGGAGGAAAUGAUGAUUGAUGAAUCUGACUACCUAGUUGCUAUCAUAACUGAGUUCCUUCGCAGUAUAAGCGCAGAGAAACUCAAAGUUGAUCUCAACAUAUAUGUGAUGACCCUCAGACUUUUAGCUCACAGUAAACGAUUUGCAGAGCUGUCACUAUUCGUCACAAACAAGAUAAUCGAACCAUCAAAGGAAGUAGCGCUCCAGCUUCUCGAGAGUGGUGGCCAAAACCUGCGGGUAAGGAAACUUGGGCUGGAUAUGUUGAGACAGCUCUCGUUGCACCACGAGUACAUCUCCUCCCUUGUGCAAGAUGGAUACUAUCUUGAAGCUCUGCGUUAUGCUCAGAAGCGCAAGGUGACGAGUGUGCGGUCAUCGCUGUUUCUGGAAGCAGCAUUCGCGUCGAAUGAUAUGCAGCAUCUGGCUGCAAUUUUGAGAGUCUUGUCGGAAAUGAUUCCUGGAUUUAAAGAAACUUCCGAGUAUUACACAUUCCAUGGUCUUCUUAAUGAGACCAGUUCCUCAGUUGCUGUUUGA